AUGGCAAGAAGUCUGCCGCGAGGUAUCAUUGAUAGGGAUCUGAAGCCAAGCUCCAACGAACGAAAAAACAAGGAAGCAGAAAUUUACAUUUAUUAUUCUGAUAAUAUGCAUCUACCAUGGCCAAAAUUGACUGUCAAUAAGGGCGUUGCCCUGCGGCAAGAUGGUGGCGAAAAGCUAAAGAGGGUCCCCAGUAGAAGAAUCUUUACAAAUAAUGAUGGUUGUGGAAGUUCACUUGCUGUCAGGAAUGUCAUCGGCUUGUCCAACUCAAACAUUCAGGGGUAUACUAGUGCUAAAGAUCUACCAUCGCAUACAAAAAACCAAGCUUUAUUGGAAACCAAAAAACACAUAAAAUGCAAGGAAAACUAUGCAUGA